CUUCCACCAAAACCCAGCGCACCCGCCGCCAUGAGCUUUUCAUCGUUCUUCUCGUCUUUCCUUCCCACCGUGUACGCCGACGCGCCCGAGGAGAAGGAAGAAACCAAGAACGACGCCAAGGAGGAGGAGCCCACCGAGGACGCUACUGAGGACGCUGCCGCCGAAGAAGAGGAAGAGGAGGAGCCGGAAGACCCUCAACCCGAAAUUCGGGAGGAGUGCAAGGCCACCUCAAAGUGCGCACCUCUGACGAAACACUUCGAGCACUGCCAGGAGAAGGUCAACGCGGGUGAGGGGUACAAGGGCGAGGACUGUGUUGAGGAGCUGUUCCACAUGAUGCAUUGCGUCGACCAAUGCGCCGCACCACGGCUUUUCUCCAAGCUCCGCUAGACGAUCAUAUUCUCGUAAUAGAAGCUGCCUUAGACACUCGCAGCUACACAUUGGGGAUUCAGUUAGCCACAGAGCUUAUAUAUAAUUCAUUCCAUUACUGUGAACGAGUAGUCUUAGCCUGCAAGCGCCUGAUAGCAGCUCCUGUGUGGUAGUACAUCUUUCUGGAGCGCUAUCUUGGCGCCUUCGACAUUGCAGUUGCCCUGAUUUUUUGCUAGAACAGGUAUUGGGAUCACGUACAUCUUGCAAGAAAGUAAAAACAGAAAUUAUACUUCUCAAUUGCGAACUGUUUUACUUACUUAGAGUUUAAUAAUUAACUAUUAGC